CAGUUCCCAGUUCUCAGUUGUCGUAUUCCAGUUGAGAAUUUCCACUCGCAAACAUGUCCGGGGAAAGCAAGUUCGAUGCGUACAGUGAGGCCUCGCGGAUGGCCGCAGCGUUCAACGAGUUCGCUGACCACCUGAUUGUGGCCGAGUUCCUGCCCCACAACGAUCGGGUGGCGUACCUCAACCUGCGCACCCUGGAGCAGGAGAUCUACUGCGUCGAGCUGAGCUAUGCCGGCUUCCGGAUCGUGGGCUACGACUUUGACCUCAUCGAGGACGAAGUCAGCAACUGCGACUGGGUCUACGUGUCCGCCCACCGCCUGCUUGCCGCGAUCAGUCCGCUCUACGCGGAGGUGGCGGAGAGUCGCCGUCGCCUGAACAGCGGCAAGGGCGUGGCCCGCUGAGUGUCUGCUAAAUUUCUGUCUGUUAAUUGCUGCCAAAAGUGAUAAUUAAACGGCUGUCCCAAAACAGCAGCAGGGGCACCAGCCGCCACUGCUGCAAGCACAACUUGGGGCAGGUAAAUGACUUGAUUGCAAUAAUAAAGCUCCCAGUCUGGGCACCGAUUUGGAGC